CGGAGGCUGUAUUGUAGCGUCAUCUGCAGGCGCGGAGUGAGCGGCGGUGAGUGUGUGUGUUUGGGCGGCUGUAUGAGUGUGUGAGAGUGUGAGUAUAGCGGGUUAUAUCAGUAUAUUAAUAUUAAUAAUACUACAGUAAUUUAUCAGUAGUAUAGUUAUUAGUAUAGCAGUAGUGAUGCUGGAGGCUCCGCAGCUCGGGGACGCGCUCUGCUGGCUGGGCUCCGCCGCCGCGGCCUGGCUCUCCGCCUGCGCGCUGUACCGCCUGCUGACCGGCCUGCGGGUCUGGAUCCUCGGGAACGGAGCGCUGGUCUCCCCCGCAGAGCUCGGAGCCUGGGCAGUUGUAACUGGAGCUACUGAUGGGAUUGGGAAAGCGUAUGCAGAGGAGCUCGCUCGGCGAGGGUUUUCCAUCGUCCUCAUUAGCCGAACUCAGGAGAAACUGGACGAAGUGUCCAAAGCCAUCGAGAGUAAAUAUAAAGUUCAGACCAAAACCAUCUCAGCAGAUUUCGGCUGUGUGGAUAUCUACCCCAAGAUUCAGGCCGGACUCGCCAACCUGCAGAUCGGCAUUCUGGUAAAUAAUGUGGGCGUGUCGUACUCCUACCCCGAGUUCUUCCUCAACGUCCCAAACCUGGAUAAUGUUAUCAGCAGUAUGAUCAACAUCAACAUCAGCUCAGUGUGUCAGAUGACUCGGCUGGUGCUGCCCGGGAUGGUGGAGAGGUCUAAAGGUGUGAUUCUGAACAUCUCCUCCGCCAGCGGGAUGUACCCCGUUCCUCUACUCACUCUCUACUCCUCCUCUAAGGCUUUUGUUGAUUUCUUCUCUCGAGCUCUGGAUGCAGAAUAUAAGAGUAAAGGAGUCAUCAUCCAGAGUGUUCUGCCGUUCUACGUGACGACGAAGUUGAGUAAGAUAAAGAGAGCGUCUCUGGAUAUUCCCACCCCCGAGCGCUACGUCAGAUCCCAGAUCAGCACUGUGGGCCUUCAGAACCAGACCAACGGCUACCUGCCCCACGCCGUGAUGGGGUGGGUGACCACUGCGCUGCUUCCUGCCCGGCUGGUCAGUAAUCUGGUGAUGAAGAUGGGUCUGUCUCAGAGAGCGAGAUACCUGAAGAAACAGAAACAGGGUUAGAGAAGAGAGGAUGGAGAGAAGAGAGAAGAAAGAGGAUGGAGAGGAGAGGAGCGAGGGAUCAGCCUCCUGUGGUGUUCAGUGAUCAGGCGUGUUUAUAGAAUUGAUCAUUAAUUUCAGUCCUGCAGAACAGAAUCCUGCUGCAUUUCUACACACAACUCUAAUCAGCUUUAUUAAUAAAAGAGGGAUUUAAAAUCCAUAUAAAGAUGAUCAGAUGUGAUCAGAUCAGGGUGCUGCCUAAUCAAUAACCUCCACAUUUCUCCCGCUGAUACUGCAGCAUGUGCUGCUUCCUUAUCCGCCAUUUCAAUCAAUCAAAACACUGAAAAUCUAAAAAUCUAAAUCACAAAACAAAUGAAAAGUGUUUUUUUUUUUUUUUUUUUAGAAUUGCAGUUUUUGGUUUUAUUUUGAGAGAAUAAAGUUUUAGUGUUGGUCUGAGACAAUGUUUUGAUUUUGAGAGAGACAGAAUUACACAACUGUCUGAUAUCAGGAGCUGAGAUAUUAAAUAAUCAGAUGAUCAUAAAACUCACCUGAAUCAGGCUGAAGCUUCACACCUGGAAUCAGAGGCUACGUUCACACUGCAGGUAAACAUAAAAAUAAAAUCAGAUUUAGGUCACGUCGUGUGUCUGAAUAAACAGCAAAAAAAAAACCCAUUAAAACAACAUUAAAAUCAGAUACAUUUCCAGUUCAUAUAUCUGCAGUGCCACUGUAACGGCCAAUCAGAAUUUUACGGCAGGUGCGUGUGAUUGGACGGUGAGGCGCAGUGAGGAAGGGCUUCAGUGGAGGAAAAACCAAAUAACAGUUUAUAAAUAUAUUUGUACUGAUGUGUUUCUUCCAUGAAUUGGCCUAAGAAUAUAAUAUAAGAAUAUAAAAUAAAAACCUGACUUUUGAGUGAGCUGAAGUGAAUUCUCAGUGAUUAACUCACUCAGCUGCAGUCCCAACUCAUUUAUUUACUCAAGAUAAUGAAAUUCCGGCUGACGGAUUAAAGUGAAACUUAAUGUGAAGCAUUGCUGUCGUGCAUCACUUACAUAAUGCACAUUAAAAACAAACACUGAGUGAACAGCCUGAAAUAAAUAAAUCAGAUUUGGACCAGUUUUACCUGCAGUCUGAAUGAUAGAUGAGCUCCUGUUCACACCUGCUCACGUAAUCCAGUCUCCAGGAUCCGGAUUAUAUCUGGAAAAAAAAAAGACCAAACCACUUACAAAUAUAAAUACAUCCAAGUGUAAACACACCCAACAUAUAUUUAAAACAGAUCUGAUCUAAUCCAAUCAAUCCAAUCAUUUCAGGAGGCGGAUUCUAAAACACAUUAAACCCUGUUAUAAACACACUGAACACAUCCAUCUCUCCAAAAAUAAACCCCUUAUAAUUAUCAUUAAAUUAAAGAUUCAUUUAGUGAGCAAUUUCUAAACAUUAAUCUGCCCUAACACAAAUAUCUUUAAAAAUAACAUGCACAACAUUUUUACAGUAAGUGAUUGGUUCAGGUUUAUAGCUCCUGUGAUGCUGAAGAAGAUGAAACUGAAACUUCACGUGAAGCUCUGCUCUUCAGCACAGUAGCCGGAGCUGUUUAGACCUGUUUAAACUGAUUUACAUCACAUUCAAUUUUCACAAUAUAAACUGCACGAUUUUUGCACGAUACAUCAUCCAAGAAAUGAGUGUGAUAAACGUUAGUAAAAGCUUUAAACGCCUCUGAUAUAAUGAUAAUAGAAUUUUAGCAUAACAAAAGCAAUAAAACCCUUUUAAGACGACAUUAAAUUAACGGACUGAAAUAAAUAAAUUAAUCAGAUUUGUUGAGAAAAUCUGAUCUGGUCCAGUUUUACCUGCAGUGUGAACGUAGAAUAAUAAUACUGAACUCUUUAAAGAACAGUUCCCUUUAUAUUCAGGUCUUUAGUUUCCGGACAGGUAAGUUCUGUUAUAGUUUAGAUGAAUGGAAUGUAAAUUACUGUGUGUUUUAUUUUAUAAGCCUGUUUUUAAUUCUAUUUUUUUAUUGUUUUCCAUAAGGGCUGUAGAUCUUAUUCCAAAACAUUUCAACCCCAAUGUGACUUUAAAUUAGCUUUAUUAUCUCUGUUAGGAGUUUUUACUGUACAGUAUUCCAGAAUUCUGCUGUUAAGGUGGAAAUGAUGAGAUUGAGAGCUGCGUUUAGGAUCUUUAUAAGGGGAGAUUUGAUUUGCACUGAAACGGUUGUUUAUUCCUGAUGUAAUUUCUGAUUUAUUGUAACUGAGAGUCAUUCCAAUAUCGGUUCUGAUAUAAAACCAGUUCUGAUUUAAAUUAAAUUAAAGAUUUAUUUAGAUAUCAGUAGUAUUUUCCUAUAAUUAGUCUAAUUAGUCUAAUUCUGUCAAAUCAGUUCUGUUUAUGACUGUAUUUCAGGAUCACUGUUAAAAAUAAAACAAUACAAAUAAUAUAAAUUGUGCUACAAAAGAACAAAUUAGAAAAUUAACAAAAGAAUGAAGUUAUUAAUAUUAUGAGAUAAAAUUAAGAUUAGAGAAUUUACAUUAUAAACCUUUCAGAUUUCAGAUCUUCAGAGAUUAAAGUUGAAAUAUUUGGUCAAAUAAAGAGUUUGAGAAUGUUUAUUUAUACAAACACUAUUUUAUUUGGGAAAUAAUUCUCCUUUAAUCUUAUAAUAUUCGGUACAACUAUGACUUUAUGUCUGAAAUCUACUAUUUCUAUUACUUUAUUUAUUUUUAACAGUGAUGCUAAAAAGCUUUGAUAAGAGUCUGAUUAUAGAGGAUCAGUCUGUGUGUUUAUUCAGUGUUUAUUUGGUUUGGGAUUAUUGUUAGAGUUUAAUAUUAAAGUUUAAUAGUUUGGGAUUAUUGUUAGAGUUUAAUAUUAAAGUUUAAUAGUUUGGGAUUAUUGUUAGAGUUUAAUAUUAAAGUUUAAUAGUUUGGGAUUAUUGUUAGAGUUUAAUAUUAAAGUUUAAUAGUUUGGGAUUAUUGUUAGAGUUUAAUAUUAAAGUUUAAUAGUUUGGGAUUAUUGUUAGAGUUUAAUAUUAAAGUUUAAUAGUUUGGGAUUAUUGUUAGAGUUUAAUAUUAAAGUUUAAUAGUUUGGGAUUAUUGUUAGAGUUUAAUACAGCGGGAUCAGCAGCAGCACUUCAGCAGUUCAGAGGAUGAAAUAUGUUCCAAUGUCCUUUUUUUGUGAAUUUUAAACUUAUUUUGCUCAGUAAUAAAUGAAAUGCUUUCUCUUA